GAUAUGAGUUGUGAGAUAUUCCAAAGCUGACCGGUAUCUGUUAUGAUGUUAUUUUAAUAUCAUGCAUUGAUUUCCUUUCCUCUAGACUUUGCUUAUCAAGAAAUAUAUUAUUUCCCAUGUUGUACUAAGGCGAUUAGAAAGCAGACAAAAUGAAAAUAGCUAUUUUGCAUCCUGAUCUUGGAAUCGGUGGUGCGGAACGUUUGAUAGUUGAUGUUGCUCUCGCAUUAAAAUCAGAUGGACACGAAAUUAGUAUUUUCACUAAUCAUCAUGAUCCCGCUCACUGUUUUUCUGAAACUAAAGAUGGUUCAUUAGAUACCGUGGUUAUAGGAGAUUGGCUUCCGAGGACUAUUUGUGGCAGAUUUAUAGCGCUAUGUGCAUAUAUACGAAUGAUAUAUGCUGCUAUUUUUCUUGUGUUUUUCAGCGAUUAUAAGCCAAACUUGUAUAUCUGUGAUCAGGUUUCGAUCUGUGUACCUUUUUUGAAAAUGAAAGGUGCUAAAGUCAUAUUUUAUUGUCAUUUUCCUGAUCAACUUUUGACUGAGAGAAAGCACUGGUUGAAAAGAAUUUACCGACUACCUUUGGAUUGGUUGGAGGAGAAGACAACAGGAAUGGCAGAUAUUGUUUUAGUUAAUAGCAAUUUUACAGCUCAAGUUUUCAAAGAUACAUUUAAAAGCUUGAAGGAAAUGGAUUUGAAAGUUGUAUACCCUACUAUCAAUACUAGUUCUCUACUUCGUCCACUUCCAGACACAAAUCUUGGAGUUAAGACACAAGCAACUACUAUUUUUCUGUCAUUAAAUCGAUAUGAAAGAAAGAAAAAUAUUAUCCUUGCAAUUGAUGCUCUUGACAAGUUAAAAAGAAUGCUGGAUCCUAAAGAGUUUUCGAAAGUUCACCUUAUCAUCGCCGGUGGAUACGACGACCGCGUGAGAGAAAACACAGAACACUACGAGGAACUGCAGAGUCAUGUUCAGAAUUUGGACUUGGGAGAAUCUGUGUCUUUUCUCAAAUCUCCAAGUGACGAUGCCAAGAGGGUGCUGUUCCAUAGCUGUACUGCGGUCCUGUACACUCCAUCGAAUGAACAUUUUGGAAUUGUUCCGUUAGAAGCAAUGUUAUUAGGGCGUCCUGUGCUUGCUUGCAGCAGUGGAGGGCCCCUGGAGACCGUGCUGCACGAACAAACCGGAUUCCUCUGUGAUGCCACUCCUGAAUUUUUUGCAUCGAAAAUGGCUCUGCUGACAAGAGACCGCAGCUUGGCUCGAGAGCUGGGCGCCGCUGCUUCAGAACACGUGAAACGUAAUUUCUCUUUCCAAAGUUUUGCUUUAAAACUGAAGACGAUAAUUGAAGAAAUUUCUUAAAUAACAUCGACAUAUUUUUAUGAGACAAAAUUUAUUUUUUUACUCUUGCAGCUUUAUUUAUUACAGUGACUCAGAUUUAAUCGGAAAAGGAGGACCAGCUUGUUUAAUUUCGAUUUAUAUGUUACUUUGCAUAUUUAUUUAAACUGGAAUUCUUUGUUGUAUGUUUAAAAAUUCAUUUUGUUUGUCGAUGGUAAAUUGAUUCUCUGUUCUAAUUUUUGUAAGUGAAAAUAUAUCAUGUUGAAACGUCA